GCUGAGAAAGCCUCCAGCUAACUUGACUUCAAGUGAUACCCGUCCUGUGGAUGGAUUAACGAAGUGCUGGUUGACUGGCCUCUGUGCUGCAAGUAGCUUCCAACAUUCGCCUAAAGCUCUCCAAGUCAUACGAGGCACAUGGAGUUGACKGAGACCAACCGUGGUCACUCAGGAGCGCACAAUUUAGCCUUCCAGAAUGACGGUGAUGGUGUGGAUCUUACAAAUCUGAAAGACCUAGGAGACAAUUCACAGAGAAUCAAGAAUUCACAAAAUAAGAAACCAGUGCUUACUAAUCAGGGGGAUGAAUACAUCAAUAUUGAGAGUGAUCUGCAUGAAAACAAAGGUGCCUCCAUAGAUGAUGAGCAACCACACUCAAAAGGGCUUUUACAAAAAGAGUAUGAUAAGAUCUAUGAAUUUUACAAGAAACAUAAAACUAGAAUUCACUAUGUGAUCUAUGGACUUUUAAUAACAGCAUACUUGGCAGUAGUUAUUGCAGCCUGCAGCUUGAAUUUUCAGAGAGCCUUGCCGCUCUUUGUCAUCACAGUCCUAGCGAUUUUCUUCAUCUGCUGGGAUUUUUUAAUUGCCAAGUAUGAAGACAGAAUUUCUGCGUUCUUUUCCCCUGGAGAAAGAUACAUGAAAAAACAGUGGUUUUGGCUGAAAUGGGUAUUCUGUGCAGUUCUUAUUAUAAUUAUCGUCUUCUGGCUCAUCUUUGACACAACAAAACAAGGAUCUCGUCAGCUAAUCUCCUUUGGUGGGCUUGUGAUGUAUGUUCUCCUGAUGUUUAUCUUUUCCAAAUACCCAACCAGAGUUGCUUGGAGACCAGUAUUUUCAGGAAUAGGAAUGCAGUUUAUUCUUGGGCUUCUUAUUCUGAGGACCAAAGUGGGUUUUGAUGUAUUUAACUGGCUAGGCAUUCAGAUCCAGACUUUUCUGGAGUACACUGAUACAGGUGCCAAGUUUGUGUUUGGUGACAAAUACACAGAUCAUUUCUUUGCUUUUAAGGUAUUGCCAAUUGUGGUUUUCUUCAGUACAGUCAUGUCUGUGCUUUACCAUGUUGGAUUCAUGCAGUGGCUUAUUGGAAAGGUUGGUUGGGUAAUGCACAUUUUCAUGGGGACAACUCCUGUUGAGUCUCUGGUAGCUGCAGGUAACAUCUUUGUGGGACAGACAGAGUCUCCUCUCCUGGUACGGCCCUACUUACCAUAYGUCACCAAAUCUGAACUCCAUGCAGUCAUGACAGCAGGAUUCUCAACUAUUGCUGGAAGUGUCUUAGGGGCAUAUAUUUCUUUUGGGGUUUCCUCCUCCCACCUACUGACUGCUUCUGUCAUGUCAGCACCAGCAUCAUUAGCUGCCUCCAAAUUAUUCUGGCCUGAAACUGAAAAGCCUUUGAUAACUCUGAGGAAUGGCCUACAAAUGGCAAAAAGUGAAUCGAAGAACCUGCUGGAAGCAGCCAGUCAGGGUGCGUCUACCUCCAUCAGACUGGUAGCAAAYAUCGCCGUGAAUCUGAUCUCCUUCCUUGCCCUGCUGAGCUUCMUUGACUCAGCCCUUUCUUGGCUGGGCAGCUUGUUUGACUAUCCACAGUUGAGCUUUGAGAACAUUUGUGCUCAUGUCUUCAUGCCAUUCUCCUUCAUGAUGGGAGUAGAUUGGGAAGACAGUUUUAUUGUUGCUGGACUACUAGGUUACAAAACUUUCUUCAAUGAAUUUUUGGCUUAUGAGCGCCUUUCAAAACUGAUUCAAAACCGAGAAAAGGGUGGAAGCAUGUACAUUAAUGGUGUGAAACAGUAUAUGACAGUUCGCUCUGAAGUCAUCGCCACCUAUGCUCUUUGUGGGUUUGCCAACUUUGGCUCCCUGGGACUGGUAAUAGGAGCCCUGACAAGCAUAGCUCCCUCAAAAAAGAAGGAAAUAGCCGAUGGAGCUUUGAGAGCAAUGAUUGCCGGAACUGCAGCCUGUUUCAUGACAGCCUGUGUUGCAGGAAUGCUGACUGUGCCUGUUCUGGAAGUUCCUUGCCAUGUCUUAUUAGGAAAUGCUUCCAACUUCACAGRUUUCCCUGCCCACAGCACAGAGCUAGUUAAAUGCUGCCAACGUCUCUUCACCAGUACAAGUCAUUUGGAGGAGGUCUUUCCUGGAGGAAACUACAGCCUGAGUUCCUGGAAAAUGUGUUGCCAAAUACUGGGUCAACCUGCUUCUCAUUGCACUUAGGUUAAGUUUUAAUUUUUUUGAGAGGAUAGAUCAUAAAUAAGAACUGUGUUCCUUGGAUGAAAGGAAAUAAAAAAAUUUCCUUUGCCACCAUGAGUGUGAAUUUCCCUCAUACAAUCUUUCAUCUCAUACCAGCCCAAUUUCUCUGACUUGACUGGAAUUACUCAUAAAUUAAACUGGGAUAGGGGGAAGACACCUCUUGCUGUAGAAUUCUUUCAUUAAAAAUCAGAAUAGUAGAACAUUUCUAAACCUGAUUC